GAGGUGGUGACGUAUUUUACCGGUAAAGUGCCCGGUUAUAUGUAUCAAGCUUUAACUAGCAAAAAUCAGACGAGAUUCAAGCACGUGUUUCUUGUUGGUUCAUUUGAAUACGUUGGAAACUGCGCGCUGCUGGCACUCGUGAUAUUCUUCUCAUGGCAGCUUUAUUUGGCAUUUCGAAAGAAUGCAGUGGAACAACUGAGCAAUCGCUAUUUCAACCAUCGUGCUUAUUACAACAUCAACUGUAUUGAUGACCGUGGUAUUGAUAAUCCGUAA